AUGUUUUUCACUACUUACUUCCGGUUAUUUUCCCAUUUAUCUUUUCUUCAGUUCUCAUCUUAUCCCAUCCCCAUUCAAGGACCCACUGAUACCUGCUAUCCUACAUCAAUCUCACACGACAUAUCCAACUCUGUCUUGUCUGCUCAUCGGAUUGAAGAACAUGACCCCUGCUUUCCCUCAAUCUCACACGUUUGCCCGGUUACAGUUCAGACAGCCGCCACACCGUCACCCUCAGUGGUUGCAUCGAGUCUUACCUCUUUGACUCAUCCACCUACCACCCAGUCAUUUCCAUCUGUUACUAAGCCACCAUCAACACAAUGCGGAGCCCUUCAAACUCCUAGUCGCCGCACGUCAAUGGCCCCGUCAUCAAUCAGGUACACAGGGAUUACUGCAACAGGACACUCUCCUGUUCCACCAUCGCUUACUGUGGCUACAAGUGCCUUUCCAGGAAGCACUGGAUUGACGCAUAAUUCAGUUGCAAUGCUUCCUGCUCCACGGCGGCGCCGCCCGUUUGGCCAUGUCAUGUCAAAAAAUACACCAAACAUUUCCACCUCUUCAUCAUCCUUGCUAUCUCCAUGUACUUCUGAUCCAGAAUUCACCACACAAGGCAGCCAUGUUAGCACGGUACUUCGCGGCUCCGUUAACGAAGCCUCAGCUGGCAUCUCACCGUCUAUUUCGUUGUCUGCUGUUGCGGCACCUACGUACAUACAACCAGGGAAUUCAGAAUCCACAUGUGCUUCUUCUCUUCCGUUCUGUUCCACUCUUCCUCCGGGCUCUGAAUCGCCUCCGAAUAAUGCAUCUGCUCCUAAUGCUAUCAAUGUUUGCACUCUCAGUCCGUCUGCCGGCUCCCAGAAUCUCGCCAUGGCCACAUUUUCUGAGUGUUCCUUGAAAGAAACCGAUACCAAUGUGGUUUCAAAUAUCAACAGCUCGGUGCUCACCGCAAAGUUUGAUCCAAGACCGGCAGCGCCACUGCUCGAUCACGAUACGGCACUUCCAGUAGUUUCAUCCUCCUCCUUCUCGACGGGACCAGUUUCUGCGAACCUAUGUUCUUCAGUAUCCGACAUACCAUCGGCCAUUCAUCGUAUGGCACAUUCCACUAAAUUUUCACCAUCAGCUCGCCCACAGCUAUGCCAUCUGUCAAAUGGUUGUUCAGGCAGUGCCGAUCUUCACACCACAUUGGAGCGUUUGGCCUUCACGUGUAGCACUGCUCAUUCUGACUUUGUCGAGUUCCAUCACGAUACUUCAUCCCCAUUGGAGGCAACUGGGUUGUUCCCUGUUAAUCGAAAAAACCAAUCUUCCUUUGGUACUGCUGUUCCUCAGGUUCCGCCCGCAUUGUUGCAUCGUGGCCCUGAUGAACAUCGUAUUCUGACACACGUAGUCGAUGGUUACGUGAUCUAUGAGAGCAAUAAACCGUUUCCGGUCAAAAACGGUAUGGCAGUCGUCGAGGCGGCUCUGUUACAGCAAUGUCUCCAUGAAGAAACUGUUUUGCAUUCUGUGUCGCCGUCAAAGAAUGGGAUUAGUAGUCAUGUUGAAAACCAUGCCACAGAUGAUCCCGAGUCUGAGCAUUUGGAGGAAGGUGACAUCGAGAAGAUAGUGGAGGAUCGCAUAGAUGCCGUGAGCUCCAGUUACUCUCAUUGUGCCGCGGUUACAGAACCGUUGGGUAGACGUUGGAACAAGUCAUUCUCAUCGACAAAUGAUCGGCUCAUGGAGACUGUUGCACAUCUUCCAGGCAACGACAUUGUUUCCAAGGUGCACGGGCACUCAAGUACUGAAAAAGAACCAGCCUCCGAUAUCACAGCGUGCAGUAGAGAUAACAUAUUUUCAGUGCUACAAAUCGAAACAGCAACCGCGAAAGCCGUCCUGGACAAGCCUCUUGGUGACGGCUUCUCUCCAGCCACCAAAUCGACCGUAUCCUCGGCAGUUUCACAAGAACGCAUGUCUGUCAUGUCUUCUUUUCCUUUCGGCUCUGUUCCUUACUCAAGGGCUAGUUCGUUUAAAGAUGAAUCCAUCUCGUUUGGACCUUUUCGGAGACAAUCAAAUGCCCCGUUUUCUUGUUCUUCGGUGUAUGCAAAUCUCACACCCGCUCCCCAACCCCCUGGUCCUGUUUGCAAAUGGACGCCAGAAGACGUGGUUGCGUUCGUUCAAAGUACUCCUGGAUGCAGUGCGUAUGCAUCAGCUUUUCUCUCUAAUGAGAUAGAUGGAGAGGCCUUACUCCUGUUAGCGAAGGACCAGUUUAUCCAACCUCCAAUCGGGAUGAAAAUUGGUCCGGCGCUGAAACUUGCUGCUCGUUUGGAAUCAAUUCGCCACUUAAACUAA